UCAGCAACAGCCUGCCUCACUGCCUGAUAGUCAGCCGCGGCAGGUCACAGUGAAAUAAAUCUAUCUUUUUUUUUUCCCCCAAGAGAAAUGCUAUUGCGGCGGAUGUGUAAAAUGGAAGUAGCCCAAAAACCCGCGACCAAUACAUUUCCACCCGCGACAUCGUAUUCAAAGUAGCAACAUUUCUGGAAACCGGCUGACAUGGCAAUCUUGCUUUUCGUAACUCUGCUAGUCCGGAUGGAACGCACCUACACAAUCAAGGAUUAGCUGUCGACUACCGAUCAAUCGAACUAAGAGCGGAAGUCGGAGAAUGCACGAUGACAAGAAGCUCGCUUGAUAUUAAAGAAACAAAAGCCCCAAAUAGCUAUCGCAUAAGUUUUCCAACAGAACGGUUAAUACACGUGUGUUUCUAGUAAAUGUUUAAAUAUUUGUUCAUCCAAAAGAGGGGAUUAGACAUUUGAAGAAAAAAAGGAUGGACCCAGCCUUGUUGAGAGAGCGGGAGCUCUUUAAGAAGAGGGCUCUCUCUCAGCCCACGGUCGAGAAGAGACCUGCAGCCUCCGAGUCGGGCGGUUCCAAGAAGAAGAAGUCCAAAGCUGACAAAGAGGCCUCCGGGUCCAAACAUGGCGCAGACACCAGUAAUGGUAACUUUAACCUGAAGGCUCUGACAGGCAGCUCUGGCUACAAGUUUGGUUGCCUGGCUAAGAUAGUCAACUACAUGAAGACCAGACACCAGCGUGGUGAUACUCACCACUUGACUGUGGAGGAGAUUCUAGAUGAGACCAAACUACUGGACAUCGGCAUGAAGCAGAAACAAUGGCUGAUGACUGAGGCGCUGGCCAGUAACCCUAAGAUAGAGGUGAGGGAUGGGAAAUAUGCCUUCAAGCCCAAAUAUCACCUGAAGGACAAAAAAGCCCUGCUCAGACUGUUGGAUAAACAUGACCAGCUGGGACUGGGAGGAUUACUGCUAGACGAUGUGGAGGAGGGACUACCUAACUCUGCCAAGGCACUAAAGGUUUUGGGAGACCAGAUCAUCUUUGUGACAAGACCAGACAAGAAGAAGAUUCUGUUCUAUAACGAUAAACACUGCCAGUUUACAGUUGACGAAGAGUUCACCAAGCUGUGGCGGAGUAUCCCAGUGGACUCUAUGGAUGAAGAGAAGAUAGAGGACUAUCUCAAGAGACAAGGCAUCUCCUCCAUGCAGGAGACUGGACCCAAGAAAGUUUUACCAAUCAAGAGGAAGAAGCCAGGUGGACAGAAGAAGAGACGCUUCAAGACUCACAACGACCAUCUGGCUGGAGUACUGGAGGACUACUCAGAGGGCGUACCUGCUAAGAAGUGAUGUCACUUCCUGGUUAUACCCCUCCCACUUCCUCUUCCCUGGCCCAGUGAGAGAGGGGUGACCUGGGAGUUGUUGUUUUUGUAGUUUGUUUUGGCCGGAAAUAAACUUUUUUUUAUUUGUCUCACCAAAACUACAAUGAAGAUGAGAAGAGACAAUGGCGGUGUCUCAAAAGUGUGAACUUGCUUCCUUUUCUUGUGUCCUUUCCUCCCUGAUGAUAAAGGAGAGGAGAUGAGGAAAGGAAGCCAUUUUAGAACAUUGAGACACAAGAUGGCUGACUGAUAGACUGAAGUGAAGUCCUUGCCAAACACACCGACCCAAAGAGGCGCUCGCUGUCCUUUUUGAGAAUACUGUACCAGUUUGGUUCUAAGCAGGAAUACAAAAGGAGAAUGGCUUUAGGGAAGCAAAAAUUCCGGUUAAAUUUCCCAGAAAUCCCAGGUUUUCCAGAAAUCCCAGUUGGAAUAUUCCUGUAAUGACAAAUUCCCUGGAAUCUGGUAAUACUCCAAUGGGGAUGUCUGGAAAACAUAGGGGAUUCUGGGAAGGUUCCAACCUUAGAAGGGGUUGUAUGUGUAAAUGUCUGGCACACGAUGGACACUGUGCGUGUGAUAUUGGAGAGAGAGAAUGUGUUUGAAAGUGUUUAAAAAAAAUAAUAGCAGUCUUAUCUGUUGUGGUUGUUCCUUAUAUUCAUUUACAACAGUGGUCACCAAUGGCAACCUGGUAAAAAUACAGGUUGUGCAGGGUUUUGCUCCAGACCUGCACAAACACUCCUGAUUUUAGCUAAACAACUCGUAGAAUCUACAAUGUUUACUCAGACAAACACUAGCCUGGUCCCUGGUCUUUGUGCUGUCAUUCCAAACGACAUGACAAGGAGUCAUAGCAGAGUUGAAACCAGGCUAGACAAACCCCCAACUCCCAUAGGAACCUUUCAGCCCCGGAAAACUUACAGUAUAUACUACACAGCUAAUAAAGUGUUCAUCAGUAUAUACUACACAGCUAAUAAAGUGUUCAUCAGUAUAUACUACACAGCUAAUAAAGUGUUCAUCAAUACUUUGAUUGGGUGAAUCGGUUGUGUUAGUGCAGGGCUAGAACAAAAGCCUACACACCCUGUAUCUCUCCACUUCCUGGUUGGGUCUCGGAGCAUGUUACACACAGUACCUUUUCCUGAUGGCCUUUCUUCUGACGGACACACAAUAAAGUCAUAGAAAACACA